UGAUCAGCCGUGUCCAAUGACACGCUGAUCACCGGGAAAUGCAAUUGCCGGUUCUCAACUGCACUUUCCUCACACUGUCAGAGCGCAAAGAAAGUACUGCCGAGAACUGGCAGUUGUCAGAGCAGGAAUUGGCACCGAUCAUCAGGGCACUGAUGAUCAGUACCCUGAUGAUCGGUGCUCAGCAGUGCCACCCACCAGUUCCGCCCACCUGUGCUCAGCAGUGCCGCCCACCAGUGCCCAAUGGAGCCACCCACCAGUGCACAUCAGUGCAACCCAGCAGUGCAUCCACCUCAGUGCCACCCACCUGUGCCCAGCCACCUGUGCCCAGCAGUGCUACCCACCUGUGCCCACCAGUGCCCAUCAAUGCAGUGCUGCCAGUCAGUGCUCAGCGGUUGUGCCAGUCAGUGCCCAGCAGUUGCACCAGUCAAUGCCUAGCAGGCCGCCAGUCAGUGCCCAGCAGUGAUGCCAGUCAGUGCCACCUAUCAGUG